AUGAAGAGGACAUAUCCAUCUGGCAGCCAGAAGCGGGGGAAAAAACAAGAUGAUGGGGAAAAGAGAAACCAUGACUGCGUUCAUAUGAUAGAGUUACCCAAGUGGACAACUGUUAUCAUGGCACUGAAGAGAAAGCUUAGUUCUAGCGCUCAGGUGUACGAAUCCCUUCAGAGCACCGAUGCGGAUGAAAACCAUCAACCCGUUAGUGCUGCUGGUGAGGAAAAUGAGAUGCCGAAGAGAAAGAGGAGGAGGAUGGAUAGGUCUGUGAGGCUUCGUUACUGUGAUUGGAGCGGCACCAUCUCAGACCAGAAUACUGCACCGAUAAAUGAGAGAAGUGUUGAGGAUUCUCUACAGUACAGUGUCUGUGCUCUAGAGGAUCAUGGUCUUCAGGAACCUCUAUCCAGUGGUCUUGAAGUCCUUCCUCCUGCAGACCAGCAGGUUCAAACCCCUUCAGCUCCAAUGCACCACAGUCCAGCACCUUUCCAUUACUGGUUUCAGCCUGUUAAUGAGGAAAGUGAUAGUCAGGAGAGACAGAGGAAGAAGAGUAGUUUUGGAGAGCUCCUCACUCUUCACUGGAGCAGUAGCUCAGGUCAGGGUCAGAAAGUGGAGGAUCAGACCACUGCAACCACUAGUGAGGAUGAAACCAAGCGGACUACUUUUAUCAUUGGCCGAAAGCGAAAACAAAGUUCUCGCAGUGCUCAGGUGUGCGACUCCCAUCAGAGCACAUCCUCAACAUCCAGCACCGAUGCGGCUGAAAACCAUCAGCCUGUUGGUGAGGAAAAUGAGAGGCCAAUGAGAAAGAGGAGGAGGAUGGAUAGUUUUGAGAAGCUGCCAUCUCUUCAUUACUGUGACCGGAGAGAUCAAAACGCUCUACAGUACAGUGCCUGUGCUCUAGAGGAUCAUGGUCUUCAGGAAGCUUUAUCCAGUGGUCUUGAAGAUCAGCAGGUUCAAACCCCUCCAGCUCCAGUCUAUUCCAGUCCAGUCAGUCCAGCACCGGGUCACAACAACCGAGUAGACGUGACAACUGAGGACAACAUUUUGAGCCGGUAUGAAAUCGGCAGAAUGCUUGGUAAGGGUGGAUUUGGCUCUGUUUAUGAAGGGAAACGCGUGGAGGAUGGCCUUGAGGUGGCAGUGAAAAUUGCCAGAAAGCCGAAGAACAUGAAAUACAUCUACAUUCCUGGUCAUCCCGCACCCUUGCCAUUAGAGGUCGGCCUAUUAGUCCUUGCUAAUAGGGGCCCUAAAGUUUCAGAGAUCAUCGAGCUGCUGGACUGGCAGGACCAGCCUGACCAAUAUAUCAUGGUCUUGGAGCGUCCCUCGCCUUGUAAAGAUCUGUGGAGGUUUUGGACUUGUCACAGAGGCAUCCUAAAUGAGGACACAGCACGAUUUAUUUUGGCGCAGACAACAAUGGCUGCUCAUAUGUGCUGUCGCCGUGGAGUGUUUCACCGUGAUAUUAAGCUGGAGAACCUGCUAAUCAACACAGACACGCUUGAGGUCAAACUAAUUGACUUCGGGUGUGGGGAUCUCCUGCAGGAAUCUGGCUAUGAAAGAUUCUGUGGCACUCUAAAAUACCGCCCACCUGAGUACUGCGCGGAGGGCGAGUACCACGGGAAACCAGCUACUGUGUGGUCUCUGGGAGUGCUCUUAUUCCUGUUGGUGUGUGGACGCUUUCCAGAACCAAGAGACCGGCAGAUGAUUGAUGAUGAUAUCUGGUCUGAGCCUGGCUUGUCAAACGAAUGCUGCCUCCUGAUUCGGUCCCUCCUGAAGGAUAAUCCACGACAACGGAUUUGUUUGAGGAAAAUCCUUCAACAUGAAUGGUUUAAGGUCACAGAAUAAGACAUUAAGAGGAAUGUCAGAGCUGCAUGUCAUGUCAGAAUUCCUCUCUGAGCCACCCGUGAAGUUCCCGUGAAAGCUGCUUCUGCCACGGCGCUCUCCAAAGGAUCCUGCACUGGAUG